UGAAUGAAAAUAAAAAGAUUUUUUAAUGUUAACAAAAUGCACAACUUGCUAAUGGUAUUGGCUACAAUUUCUCUGGUGGCAACAGUUUCUGCGAUUAAAUGUUACUCAUGCGAAUCGGUAUACGAGAUCAAUUGUGGUGAAGAUUUUGAAGCCGAACUUUAUUUCAAAUUGGAUUGCGACCAUAUAGCGCCGCCCCGUUACCUGCAAAUUGAUAAAGAAUUUCAUAAUGCCACGGCAUGUGUGAAAAAACUAUACACAGAAAGGGGUAUACAGAAAAUUAUGCGUCAUUGUUUCUUUGGCAACAUUAACGAUACUGAAGCCGGAUGCCGUACAGAUCCCUCGUUGAUGUCUAUACAGGAAUUGGGCUGUUAUGUAUGUGACGAUGAUAAUUAUUGCAACAAAGCCAAUAAUCGAUAUGAUUUUAAAAAUAAUUGGCAA